CAUAACGAAGAAGACACACGAGCCUGUCAACAAGAGCUAUCUGUCAAAGCAGCAGAAAUCAUGUCAACAGAUCGCCCUCAUCCAAACUAUAAAAACGUUUACGGUUCAGAAUUAAUGUGAACUUUUCCCGGUGACUUCAGCAGGAGUGGGAGCACAGAUCCACUGGGUGAUCAUGGCCAACCAUCCAGCACCGCUGCCCUUGAGGGAGUUCUGCCCACUCUACUACCUUCUCAAUGCUAUCCCUGCUAAAGUCCAGAAAGGUUUCCGUUCGGUACUGGUCUACUUGACCGCACUGGACAGCAACAAUGAUUAUAUAGCCAUUGGCAGCAGCAUUGGCAUGUUGUACCUUUACUGCAGGAGAGUAAGCCAGAUGAACAAAUACAAUUUAGAGGGCAAAUGUGAGGCCAUUACUGCAGUGAAGUUGCUGAGUUGUUUCGAUGAUCUUGUGGCUGUUGGAACGGCAUCAGGCCGGGUUGCUUUCUUUCAGCUUGUGUCACCAUUGCCUGGCAGAAAUAAACAGCUGAGAAGGUUUGAUGUGGUGGGCUUGCACAAAAGCACAAUUACGGCAUUAGCCUGGAGUGCUAAUGGCAUGAAGCUCUUCUCUGGUGAUGAUAAAGGGAAGGUGGUCUACUCUGCUGUGGACUUGGACCGAGGAGUGUGUAAUCCAGUGGUCCUUUUCGAAGAGACUUCAGCAAUAGUUCAGUUGGAAUAUAGUCAGAAAGUACUUCUGGUUUCGUCCUGUCAGCGCUCAAUGCUCUUCUACACGCAAGAGCAGUCGCAUCAGCAGCUGGGCACUAAACCACGUAAAAGCAAUGGCAAGUUUGGUGCUUGCUUCCAGCCAGCUCUUUGCAAGCAGAGCGAUCUGGUGGUUUACGCAGCCAGGCCAGGGUUGCGUCUCUGGAGGACUGAUGUGCGAGGACGUGUCGGGGAGACUCAUGUCCUAAAGCCCCUUUUUAAUCAGGAUGUACCUCAGUUUGAGCUGUUCCCACGUUCAGGCCCCACCGGUGGCUACAGACCUCCAGAAAGACAGUUAGGAAUGGUCAGCUGCUUCUUGAAGGAGGGCUGGGUCCUCAGCUGGAACGAAUAUAGUGUUUAUGUUGUAGACUGUACCAAUCAGGUUAUCAUUGGAGGAUUGGAAAGCAGUGGAGAUAUAGUGUCUGUGUCGUGCACUGAGAAUGAAAUCUUCAUUCUGAAAGGAGAUCGGGACAUUUUGCGGAUCUCAAAUUGCCCUGAGGGAUUGGUUUCCAACUUAUUAGACCACUCCUACCGUUUUACAUCUCCUCUUUCCACACCCACCAUUUUGCUGCCUCCUAAUGGUGCUGUGGAAAACGCUCAGCCAAUCAGGACAAUGCCCAUCAUUACAGAGCAGCAGACUCAAGCCAGUCCCAGCUCAGAGGAGGUACAUGAUGGGGUUGAGGAAUCAGAGGAGGUGCAGGAGGAGCAGCAUUUUGAGGGAUUCAGUCAUGCGGUUGAGGCUCUGGAGGUGGCAGAGGACUUGGAGCAGCAGCGGGCCAGUUCGGGUACAGUGGAGUCCUGCAGCCGCAGCAGCUCCAUCACCUCAUGGGAGAGCGCACAGGGCAUGCUCACCGCCACAGAGGCUUCCACCUCAGAGCUCUCCUCCAGCAGAUACAGCGCCAUCACCCAAGAAGACUUCCAACAGGAGCUGGUGGUCAAGGCCGUCAAGCUGAAGAAGAAAGGCAAGAGGAGACGGCAAGAUAGUGGGAAUCGUGUCAACGAGCGCAGCAGCUGGUCGGAGAGCAUUUUCAGCCAGGACGGUGCCGGCAGUGACUUUCUAAACACACCCAUGAGCGAGCCUCCUUCUGACCACACCAGCCUCCUGUGCAGCAGCCUCGACCUGCACAGCACCUGCUCACCCGACCAGGACGGUUCCGUCUGCAGAGAAUUCCACAGUUCUGAUGCUAUCCCCAUUCAGAGCCCAUCAGAACCCUUACAGAGUCCAGAGACUCGACAGGAUCCAGUUAACCAAACAGCAGAGACCUUGCUGCCUUGCCUUUCAUCACUGUCACUACAAGACAUGGAGUGUCAGGGGUACAGUGAUAAUGUGUUUGCAGAAAACAAGCAAACUGCAGCUACGCCUGAUGUGGACAUGCUGCUAGAAUGUACCUUCUCGUACAUGCAGGCAGCUGAUGAGCAGGAUGUCAUGAAGGAAUAUGUGAAGGAGGGCAAUGAUGCCCUGGAGGAUUCAGAGCAACAUUUUAAAAAUGGUUUACAUGGGGACUUUAAUUUGGACUUGUCUUAUGAUCCCAUUAGACCACUGGGUUACUCCCCGGAACCUGAGCCAACGCCAUCUAGUGACGAGGAGGACAUCUAUGCACACGGAGUGCCAUCCAGUGCUAGUCUGGGGGACGGACUAAACGCUCUGAGUCUGCAGAGCUCAUCUGCUAAUCAGAAAGAGGAUGAAGAGAUGCAGCUCCUCAAAGCUGAUCAGUUGGCUGAAAGUUGGAUGGGUUACAGUGGGCCUGGCAGUAGCAUCCUCAGUCUUGUAGUGACGGACAGGUUUAUCUGGUGUCUGGACUUCAAAGGAGCCCUUUUCUGUAGUAGUCUUCUUAACGGUAACUUGAGCUGGCAGAGGUUUGAGGAAAACGUCCAUCAGGUGGCUCUGUCCCCAUCAGGCUCAUUGCUGUGGAAGGUGGAGCAGAAGACCAUGACUGCUUACGCUUGCGGGAAAGUCACCAUCAAGGGAAAGAGACACUGGUACAAAGCCAUGGAUGAUACGGCAUUUGUGGCACUUAGUGAUGACACAGCCUGGAUCAUUCGCACCAAUGGAGACCUGUACCUACAGACAGGGCUGAGUGUGGACAGGCCAUGUGCGCGGUCAGUGAAGGUGGACUGUCCAUGCCCAAUGGCACAGAUGGCAGCACGGGGCAGUGUGGUGUGGGCACUGAGCGAGCAGAGGGGCGUGUUUUACAGAGAGGGUCUCAGCAGCUACUGUGCGGAGGGGGAACACUGGAAGUAUGACACCGUCAGUGAGAGCCAAGGUCUGGAACCCAUCUGUAUUGCUCUGGGUGAGAAUAACACAGUCUGGGCAUUGGACACCAGUGGCAGCUUAUGGUUCAGAACGGGGGUCACGGCUAAAAAACCCCAGGGUGAAGAUGACCACUGGUGGCAGGUGAGCAUCACAGAUUAUGUGGUGUUUGAUCAGGGCAGUCUUUUACAGACUUUGAUCCAGGCCACACAGACUGUCGCCACAGCCACUAGAGCUCCGGUAGAGCGGGUGGCCGAAUGUCUGCGUGUGGCCUUCCUGUCCCAGCACUCCCAGUGCCAGCCUAGCCUCAUCAGUGUCAGCACCAGUGGCGUCUGGAUUGCUUCUGGGCGCAACGACUUCCACGUUGCCAAGGGCAGCCUCAUCGGGACAUUUUGGAAGGGUAUUGUACCCAGAGGAACAGCCUCUGCCACGAAAUGGGUCUUUGUGUUCUCCUCUGCUGUUCCAGCCAAAGAGGGGAGUUUCCUGUGGUUAGGUCAGAGCAGGAAAGACCUGUUCUGUAUCUGGAACCAAGACCUCCAGAUGCGGCCCUUUACCAUACAGUUCCCCCCAGACAUAGAGAUGGUGCAGCUCUCUGCCUGUCGUGACGCUCUUUGGGGUUUAGAUCACUACGGUCGUGUCCACAUCCGCACUUUAUCAGCCAGUUGCUCUACAGGAAUUGACUGGACAUUAUUGGACCUCAGCCAGCUUGGGAACGUGAGGUUUCUCAGUUUGUCUUGUGGCAGUCAGAAUGUUUGGGCGUGUGAUGCUAAUGGAAUGGUGUAUUUUCGGGUUGGAACUCAACCUUUGAACCCCAGCAUGAUGCUCCCUGCCUGGAUCUGCAUUGAACCACCUGAACAGCCUGCUGGGCUUCAUCUGGUGAAGAUUCAGACUAACUCUAAUGACCGAAUGCUGUGGGCACUGGACAACAGAGGCAAUGUGCACGUGCGCACCGGCAUCACUGAGGAGAUGCCUGUUGGGACUGCAUGGGAGCAUAUUCCUGGACUUCAGGCAAGUCAACUGGUUGUAAGCAUGAGGACCGCUUGGGUUCGUCUUUAUAACGGUGAAGUGGCUCGUCGAUAUGGCAUUACAGAGAAGAACCCUGCUGGAGACUACUGGAAGAAGAUCCCAGGACUAGUCAGCUGGCUCGCAGUGACCCCGAUGGAUGAACUGUGGGCUGUCGCUCCUAAUGGUGCUCUCAACCAGCGCCUUACCAAGAAUCUGCUAAACAAUAGAAGCAAAAACCAUGGCAACACAGGUUCUCUGAGUGGAGAGGAGCUGGAGGAAGAGUGGGAGGUGAUUUAGAUGCCGCAAAUUGUGUCAAAUCAUCCCAGAAUCACUGUUCUGUGAAAUUUCUUUAUAGGCACUUUACUCAUUUCUUUCCUAAAGGAGUAGUUCACCUGAAAAAAAUGAAAAGUCUGUCAUCAUUUACUUAUCCUCAUGUCGAUCAAAUCCUUAUGAGUAUAUUACGCUGUUGAAACAUACCUGAGGGAAUACCUUGUGCACCUUGUGACCUGAAAAUGUUUACCCAUAUUGUUUUAUUCAGCAUAUUAUUUAUUAAGUUUUGAUAUCCACAUGCACAGUUAGAGCAGAUAUUUUGUUACUUGCAUUGAUUGAAGAAUGAGGCUUCGUUAUACAAUUCAAAAGUUUGGGGUCAGUUGUAUAUUUUUUUUUUUUUUAAGAAAUUAAUACUUUUAUUCAGGAAGGAUGCAUGUAAUUGAUCACAAUUUAUAGUAAAGACAUUUUCUAUUUCAAAUAAUCUGACCUUUCUAUUCAUAACGGAAUCUUGAAACAAAAUUAAUCACUAUUCCCACAAACAGAUUGAGCAGCACAACUGUUUUCAACAUUGAUAAUCACCAAAUCAGCAUAUUAGAAUGAUUUCUGAAGGAUCGUGUGACACUGAAGACUGGAGUAAUGAUGCUGAAAAUUCAAAUAAAGUUAUUUUAAAUUGUAAUAUUUCACAAAAUUAGUUUUUACUGUAUUUUGAUCAAAUAAAUGCAGCCUUGGUGAGCGUAAGAGACUC